CUCUGCUUCUCUGUCAUCAAGGAUGUAAGUGCUAUCUAGUUAGAACGUAAUCCAUGCAAUCUAGUGCUUCAUUUCUCAUUUAAUUACAAUGUGACUCAAUGUUCUUUCUUAAUUCAUGUGUUUCUUUAUUUACUGCAGAUGCACUGCUUCCAGUGACCACAGUUCAACUUGGUGAAUUGGCAACCUUCACAUGUGCGUGGCCUAAAGGAGAGCUCACCAGUCGAGCACUUCAGUGGUACAAGCAGAGUCCCGGGGAUAUUCUGAAAUUAAUUGCAAGACUACAGAAGUAUACAAAACCUGUGUAUGGACCAGCAUUUUCUGCUUUGAGAAUGGAAGUAAAAGGCAACGAGAAUAUAAGCAAUUUGACGAUUUUACAGACAAUUCAAGAAGAUGAGGGAAUGUAUCACUGCACACUCACUGAAUCGUUUGAGAGUACCUGGAGUGGGACAUAUUUGACAUUAAAAGGAAACACACUGGGUUCUUCAAACUAUACUGUUGUUCAGACAGUAUCAGAUCCAGUCCGUCCAGGAGACUCAGUGACUCUCCAGUGUUCAGUCCUCUCUGACUCUCAGAACAAGACGUGUCCAGGAGAUCUCAGUGUGUUCUGGUUCAGAGCUGGAUCACAGACAUCUCAUCCAAACAUCAUCUACACGGAUGUAGAUAUGAGUAACAAAUGUGAGAAGAGAUCUAAGACUCAGAAGAGAUGUGUCUACAGCUUCUCUAAAAACAUCAGCUCCUCUGAUGCUGGGACUUACUACUGUGCUGUGGCCACAUGUGGAGAGAUAUUAUUUGGAAAUGGAGCUAAACUGGAAGCUGAUCAAACAGAUAAUUUUGCAUUCAUUGCUCUGAUGGUAGCAGGGAUCUUUUUGGCUAUUUCUGUGAUGAUAAACAUCGUUUUAAUCUGUUAUCGAACUCCUAGAAAAGUGUGUGGAUCAUAUGGAGGUAAGUUCUCUUUACUGAAUCAAGUUUUCUAAACUUCAUUGACAAGUGUCUCAGCAAUCAUUUGGAGCACAAUUUGAGCAGCGAUAUUGCUUUUUUUCCCAUACAUAUCUCCUAAAAUGUUACUCUUUUAACAGUAUAUUGUCAAAGAAUGGAGGAAAGAAAGUUAUAUUUUUUGUUUUCCUUGUUUUUAUCAUUACGCACAGAAAGCAGGUCACCACAUGCAAGAAAAGAUGUUUGGAACCACCCAGUUAAUGAUAAUGUAAGUAGUCAU